CAAAUCACAACACAAUAGUCCUCUCCAACACUAACAACGUCAUUCUGAGGCUUCGUGAGGCUCCCAAUACCUCCGCAAUCGGUCUCGUCAUCUUCAAUCUACGGUUCACCACAAUACACCACCCUCUCGGCUACACUCGCAUCUUGACAUCAGAUGAUCCCAAGGCACCAAAAGUUAGCAUAUGGAUAACCCUCAUCCCAGCUCAGCCUCACAGACAACCUCAGACCGCGCCCAUUGCCUCGCCAGACGCAAAUCAGCCCUGAGUCACUUUUGUUUUGGAAAAACUUCAGAUCACCAUCAUGGUUUGAACGCAAUACCUUAUUCUUCCCGGCCCUCGCGCUUCUCCACGGCUUUAACGAUCCUAUACUAUAAGGUAGUCUCAGUCCGUACGGAUACUAGCAGCCAAGACGGCAGACACGGCUCCAAGGCAACAAGGUUCGCCUGUUCGUCGCCGACUCAUGAGAAGCAGGAGCCCGGUAGCAUCCCAAUCUGCCCUGAUUGAGGCCCACCCCGCUUUCUUCUAGAACAUGUCGAAACAUUUUCUAGGUUUUUUACUUGCA